AUGUGCGAGGCGAGGCGAGAGCAGGACGUUACAUCUCCCCUACAGCGCUGGGAUCAGCGCGUGCGAGAAGGGCAAGCAGUGGCAGCGGGCGCUGACGCUGCUGAGCGAGAUGCGGGAGGCGAAGCUGGAGACAGACGUCAUCGUUACAGCGCUGGGAUCAGCGCGUGUGAGAAGGGCGAUCAGUGGCAGCGGGCGCUGGCACUGCUGAGCGAGAUGUGGGAGGCAAAGUUGGAACCCAACGUCAUGAGCUGCAGCGCUGGGAUCAGCGCGUGCGAGAAAGGCGAGCAGUGGCAGCGGGCACUGUCGCUGCUAAACGAGAUGCGGGAGUCGAAGCUGGAGCCCGACCCUUCGUCAGCUACAACGCUAGCAUCAGCGCGUGCGAAAAGGGUGAGCAGUGGCAGCGUGCUCUGGCGCUGCUUAGCAGAAUGCGGGAGGCGAAGCUGGAGCUCAGCGGCAUCAGCUACAGCGCUGUGA